GAAGAAACUCGAAGAUGUCUAUGUCGGGGGUAUUUGUCUUGGAUAUCAAAGGGAAGGUAGGCGUAAAUCGAUGUUUUAAGCUCCUGUAAGCUCAUAUCCACACUGUGCGUUGUUUAAAAUUACGCCUUCGGAAAAUUGAAUCCUUCCAUUUUGUCAUAAGAUGCGCAUGAUAUAAGUAAUCUUCCAAGUUACUGCCUAUUGCUGGAAAUAACAAAUUCUAUACUACAAACUCUAGGUGAUAAUUUCACGGAAUUAUCGUGGCGAUCUGGAGAUGUCUUCGAUUGAAAAGUUCAUGCCCCUUGUGUUGGAGAAGGAGGAAGAGGGAUCGCAAACUCCGAUCUGCGUUCACCAGGAUGUUACCUUUGUUUACAUUAAAUAUAAUAAUCUUUACCGUAUCCUUUACUUUUAAAUAAAUACGAAAUUAGACUAGAGACAGAUCGAGUAGAUUAUUAUACAGAGACUUGUAAAAAUGGUGCAUGUUUUUGAACCGGCCUUGAAGCUCUUGAUCUACUGAUCUUUUACUUAUUCGAAUUUUUAUUUUUCUAUUUAACCAGUUAAACCAAGAAACAUCAUAUAGGGUCUGGUCAUUUAUUUUAUUCCCCGUGAGGGAGGGCUGGCCAUUUUGAUUGGGGGGUGGGUCAUUUUCAAAAUCAUGUUUGGUUUUGGGGGGUCAUUUUCACAUAAGGGAGCAUUAUUGCAUGGGUCAUCAUCUUAAAAAAUAAAUCAUAAAAGUAGUACAAAGCAGUAUUGAAGAUGCAUUGAAAUUGAAAGUAACAGCUGUAAAUUAUAAACACGAUUGUAGAUAAAGUAUGUUGUGAACUUUGGCACGAUUUGUAGCCAGAAUGUUCGUAUUUUUCACAGCAAUCAGAUGUCACUUUCACAUUAUGUAAAAUUUAUGGGGGGUCAUUUCUAAAAAGCUAGGACAACAUUGGGUAGUCAGUUUGAAAGUCUUUCUCAAAAUGGCCAGCCUCCCCUCACAGCUAAUAAACGACCAGCUCUGUACAUGUAUGUUGCUUUCCUUGGGUGCAUGUAAGUUUUAUUUAUUUAUUUAUAUAUUUAUUUCAUGAUAAAUGCUUAAUUCUGUAUGAAAAACAAAACAAAUCAGGGUCAUAAAAUAAGGUCUAUUGACUUAAAGAGGGUGGUGAAAUGAGCAAUUUUUUGUCUAAAACAGUGUCAGGGUUUGAAUGCCAUGGUGACAUACCUCUACCCAAACAUUUCUGUGAGUGCUCUUCCCCCCCCCCCCCCCCCGCCCUCCUGUCACCAAUGUUCAUUUCGCUGACCAGGUUUUUAACCCUUUAAGUCCUAAUAUCGACAUGCAAAUUUUCCCAUGUGAUAGAUCUCCAUCUUUUCCAUGAAGGAUUAUUGAAGAGAAUUUGAUAAAAGAUCAAAGCAUUUUAUUAAUAUUCUCUAAAACUAUACUCUUGAUAGUGUAAAAAAAGUUAGGAGAAAAUUGAUGUUAGUCACAACUGGACCUUAAAGGGGAUAUCCACCCCCACCCCCCCUGGUCACCUGACAUAUUUCUGGAAGUUCAAGUAAUUUUAGACAAACUUGUAAAGUUGACCAAAUUUCAGGUGAGUCAAUCUGUGAUAGUAAAUUUUCACAUGCAUUAAAAACCUCAAUUAUGUGUGGCAUUGGUAAAAAUGUCCAAGUUAGUGGGCACCUCGGUGUGGGUAACUGUUACUCUUGAAUUUCUUUAUAAAUUUAAAUGUUAUUGUCAUAAAACCUAUCAGCCUGACAUGUUGGGUGAAAUCCUUGACUGUUGUUAUCAGUUGUGGCAAUGACCAAGAAGAAUGCAAAUGUAGCUUUGAUAUUUGUUUUUCUUCACAAGAUGGUCCAGGUAAGUUUUAGUAUACACUGUCAUGCUUUGGCAAUAGUUGUACUAAAGUCUGUCCAGCAACAUCAGUUUGUAGGCCCUUUGCAGCUUGGUGUCUGUCAUAGGAUACAACUCUAAAACACUAUUGGUUGAAAGAACAUAAAAGAAAGUGGUUAUGCCAAUAAUAUUGUUAGGUUUUAAAAUCUUGACCUCUUACUUCCUUGCUUCAUGACAUGUACAUUUGGCAGGUGUUUACAGAGUACUUCAAAGAACUUGAAGAGGAAAGCAUCAGAGACAAUUUUGUGAUUAUCUAUGAAUUGUUAGAUGAGUUGGUAGACUUUGGAUAUCCACAAUUUACAGAGACAAAGAUCCUUCAGGAGUAAGUUGACUUAGUUUAUGUACCUUGGUGUCUUGUGUUUGUAUUCAGAUGAAUCUGACAUUUUCCUUUGUACUAAUUAAAAUGUAUGUACCUAUCACAUAUUCAAAAAUACAUUGCAGUACAGUUUACUCCUCCAGGAAUCUUUUCACUAUAGAGUUACAAUGGAUGAUUCAUGAUUAUGUGAUCAACCAAUGCACUUCUUGGUUUGGGCAACAACGAAUAUGACCAAUACAUUAUGUUCUUUUAGAGAAUUGCAGUAAUUAUGUUGUAAUAAGUUUCUUUUGUACUAUAUUUUUAAUUCAUCUUUUGGUACGUUAUUAACCAGAUAUAUUACCCAAGAGGGUCACAAAUUAGACGUUGGUGCCCCUAAACCUCCGGUUGCUUUAACAAAUGCUGUGUCUUGGAGAGGGGAAGGAGUCAAAUAUCGUAAAAAUGAAGUUUUCUUGGAUGUAAUUGAGUCUGUGAAUUUGUUGGUAUGUAUUCAAACUUUUGCAUUACAGCAGUACAUAGUGUAAGCUGUGAAAGAGGCAAAGUCACAGUUCUCUACUCUAGUUCAUUGCAUUAAUAUUGCCAUUAAUACUUCUUUAUUUGCUGAAAAGGAACUUAACAUUAGUGAGGAGUUUUCUUGUAGAUGGCAAAAUUGCAGCUUCGUAUCAAACAAAUUUCUCUCCCAAAACAUUAUCUCAAAUUUUCCAAACCAUAGAAAUGAACUCUCUUUAAACUAAUGUUAUUGAUUCAAAAUCAAUGCCAUCCAAAUUAUUUUAACCCAUUAACUCUUACCUCUAGGUCAGUGCAAAUGCCAACGUGUUGCAGAGUGAAAUUGUCGGCACAGUCAAGAUGAGGUGUUAUUUGACUGGUAUGCCUGAACUGCGCCUUGGAUUAAAUGACAAGAUUUUGUUUGAAAGCACUGGACGUAAGUGGAACCGUACAGUAUUUUUGUUUCUAUAGAGUUUGCUUCCGUAACCUUUUCAGCCCAUUAUAUCCACAUACAAAUUAUUUUUCAGACUGGUCUCCAAGGCUGUCACUAAGAUUUCAAGCUUUUGGGUAUAUGCAAUAAUUAGUAAGCAGGAAAUUGAACAGCUAGGAAGUCCGUUUGGUUCAGUUUCCCUUUUGUUUCCUAUGCAUGAGUGGAAGCUAUCAAUUUAAAUUUUGCGUGCUAUGUGGAAAAAAGGAUAUUUUUGAAUUUUCGUAUUUUCCAAGAACUGUAGCUGACCGGAACUGCCUCCUGGCCCUGAUGCCAUUGUAUCAUCAAGUUCAUUAGAGUCUUUUAAAUCUAAUUUAUCAGCUUUUCUUAAGUUAUAGUUACACAUUUAUCUUUAUUUAAUUUUGUAUCAUUAUUUUAUAUUAUUUUAUGGUUGGUGUAAUGUCUUAGCGAUUUUUACCGACUUUAUAUAUGUAGAUGUAGAUGUAGAUGAAGGAUCCGGGGAUCAUGCUCAUUGAAGCUGGGGCAAAUCUCUGUCCUCAGCCAUAAGUGACAGCCCUGGGUUCUAUUCUCUCUUAAAGAAUUAUUCAAGAGAAUUUUAUAAAAGAUCAAAGCAUUUUCCCUUUGAUGCUUAUUUUUUUAAUUCUCUUACCUUUUUUUUAUUGACUAUUAAAUUAAUGUUGUUUAGAGAAAAUUGAUAUUGGACACUCGUAGGACUUAGGGAUUAACAGCAGCUGUUCUUCACUUUUUCACUGAAACAGGUGAAGGUGUAUGAUUAUUCUGGUCUUUGGCUACCCACUUCUAUUACCUACCCAUAAUAUCAAUAGUAUUGAACUCAAUUACGAAGAGUGUAUUGGGUGAUGACCCUAGUGACUGGUAGCUACACUACAAAUUGGUGACUUGUUUUGUGGUUAUCACAGGAAGCAAGAGUAAAGCAGUGGAGCUGGAAGACGUUAAGUUCCACCAGUGUGUCCGCCUGUCCAGAUUUGAGAAUGAUCGUACCAUUUCAUUCAUCCCGCCUGAUGGAGAAUUUGAGCUCAUGUCAUACAGGCUUAACACUCAUGUGAGCUUCCAAAAUUAUUUGUGUUUUAAAAAUCUGAGAGCAUCUCAAGUGAUGUUUUUGAGAAUUCGAACAACAGAAGAAGAAAACAAAAAGCUUUUAACUGUUGUUUAUUGAGUGGAUAAAAUUGUUUUGUGCACCCUGGUUUUAAAAAUCUUUCCAGGUGAAACAGUAAAAUUGAGUGGAUCAUUGGAUUUGUGAAACCUUUGAUCUGGAUUGAAUCUGUGAUUGAGCGACACUCACACAGCCGAGUAGAGUAUAUGAUUAAGGUAUGUUUAAUGUGACAAUAAUAAUACAUUCGAGCCUCGCUUUAUGGAAAGCCACUUAAUAUGGACACAUCGUUAUUUUGGACAGUUUGCUUUGUCCCUGGGGAAAGAAAGCCUGUACAUGUUCUUUGAGUUCAACCCAGUUAAUACGGACACCCCGUUAAAAUGGACACUUUCUAUGGCCCCCACAGUGCCCGCAUUAAUAGGGUUUUACUGUUAUUAAAAAGGCUUUGUUCUAGCAGCACCCAGUGGCCUCUGGUGACUCACUUUUGUUCCUGGGCAAUCAUAAAAUCUUAGUUUUUCCAUAGAUAUCUUAAACUGGGCACCCUGGAUGUGAUGGGUUCAGAGCACUGGGCUUGCUUCAAUUUUCUUUAGAGCACAGCCCUGUAUUAAUGCUGGUAGUAUUUCAAAACUUUCCAAUCACUUAGACUAAGUUCCUCAUCCCCGGGUCCUCUCCUACUCAGGGAUGAGCAGGAGAGGACUCUGGGAAUGAGUUUGGUUCAGAGUGAUAGUAAAUUUCAAUAGGCCAUUUGCACAACAACGUCAUUUACUACUAUGACUAGAAUCCUUCAGGAUUUUGUUUUCUUGUACAGGUUAGGGCUUUUGUUAUUAAAACCUUGAUGGGAUUAGACUGCAAAACAGUCCUUGUUUUUGCGUACUCAAGUGCGUGCGAGCAGUCAAACAAAAGGUCUGGAAAGUCUGGAACACGCCACGCUUUACCGAUUUCUUUACUGAUUUUGAGAAAAAAACCGACUGUUUUGCAGUCUACGAUGGGAUUACCAAAAUUUAAAUAUGAAAAGAAAAACAAAAAGGAUUCUGGUCACAGAAGUAAAAUGAUGCCAUCAUGCAAAUGGUGUAUUUUGUGUGCAAUCCAUCUUUUGUCUUAGUGAAGGGCAAAUCAAUUAUUAUUCAUCAAUUAUGAUUAUUAUUCUCUUUCUUUAAAAUUUAUUUAAUUAUCGUAGGCUAAGAGUCAAUUCAAGAGGCGUUCAACUGCCAACAAUGUUGAGAUUCACAUUCCAGUUCCGCCUGAUGCUGAUUCUCCUAAAUUUAAGGUAAGAAUUGCAAAGCUUUUAAAGCCCAAACUAAACAGUGCGCAGGGGCAUCCAACGAUAGUUUCGUCCUAACUUCAUUGAAAACACUUUUUACGCUAUCCAGAGUACUUAUAGAUCUCUAGAAAUGCAAUCUAAGCAGCGCUAUGAAAUUUGUAUCUAUUCGGUCAUCGUAAGUUGAGUCGUUUCAAAAUUACAAGGGCUUCAGUAUUAUUUUUUGGAAAGAUUUACGAAAGUGAGAAAUUUUUUUAUUUCUGUUUCCAUCACAUUUUUGAAUCCGAAAAUUUUAGGUUUCCUGUUUUACGAAAAAUCGUGAUUGGUCGAAAUUGCUCCUGUGAAUCUUUGCAAACUGCUGUCCAACCUCUUCUGGUUGAAGAAGAGCUAGCAAAGUACUCGUGCGCUCGUUAAAUUGCCUUCUACAAGGCUUCUCAUGACUACACCAUUCAUCACGAUAUUUGAUUUUCUUUAGACUUCAGUUGGGGUUGUGAAGUACGUUCCUGAGGAAAACGAAAUAGUUUGGAAUAUGAAAUCUUUUCCGGUGAGUGGAGGAGAUAUCUUUAGUUUUUACUUUUUGAUAUAUGUUGUGUUUACACAGACAGUGGCAAAAGUAGUUUCCAGCUGUAUUUCGCACGUGGUACAUUGCCGUUUGCUUUACAUACCGUGGUAAAAGCGGUCAUACAGGAGUCACGUUUAUGCCAAUUGAAACGGCAAAAGUGAAAUUGUACCACGUGGCCAAGUUUUCCUCUUACAGUAAUUUAUUACUUCUACGCGAAAAUAAGUAGUUUCACGCCAGUUUCAUCCAGUUUUUAUCUGUUUAAAUUCUAUUCUGAGAAAUUCUCAACUGGAAUCUAACGUUUGCCGUUUGUCGUAAACGUGUCUCUUACCGCUUUCGUCGCAUGCAGCGCGUCUUUUACGCGGGAGAUUUCAUAGCCACUCAGCUGAUUGGUUCGUUUACCAUGGAACUCAGUAACCAGUUGACUGUCAUGCUUGCUUCCUUUGAACCUUUUGAUGUUCCCAUGGUGAUGUCCCGCGAUAAAUUUAUUUUGGGAAGACGUGGUCACACGUGAACUUGUUUGUUGCCUAGGUGAAAUGCCUUAUCUCUCACAAAGUGUAGACUGCGUAGAUCAAAAACGUGAUAGCGGUCAAACAAAAGUCCGGAAGCGAAGGUGAGAACAAAGUGUACUCAGAAAGGUGACGCGGGCGCCUUGAAAAACCGAUUUUGAGGAGAAAUAAACAACUGUUUUGUAGUCUAUGGCAGUUGAGGCUAAGUUUAGCCACUACUAUUGUGACAAAUUUUUGAAUUUCUUUCUGUCCGUUUUUCUUAACAGGGAGGUAAAGAGUUCUUAUUGAGAGCUCACUUCAGGCUACCAAGCGUUGACUCAGGUUGGUUUAAUGAUUGUCACGGGUGUCGGUAAAAUAAUGAAUAUAUGAAUUUCAUAUAUUUGAACUUCGGAACAAAUAAAUAUAGAGGUGAUCUUCACUGUUAAAUACGAAACUUAUGCAGUUGCAAAAAGAGAGCCUGAAAAGCCUCUUGUUUGUUCUAUCUAUUUUGUGGAAAAAAUCGUGAGAAAAGAAGAUGAAUUUUGCGACAACCUUGUAAUGAGAACAAGCAAGUAGUCUAAGAAUCAAUGCUGUACACCAUCUUAUCUUCAUCAUUGCGCUUUAGCCAAUUUUGACAUUCUUGUCCUAGCAGCGUGCAGGAUGUUUGUCGCACGAACUUCGUUUAGUGGCCUUAGCUCCCACAGGAGCCGAUAACCCGCGGGGUAUGGCCUCCUACAAUCUAUAAUCUCCUGUAACUUAGAGCAACUGGAUGUACUCUGAUUUUUUCUUGUGUGCCGCACGUGUAAGUGACUGAAAAAACGUUUUUCCCAUGGAUUCACAUUGGUGAUGUUGAUGGUGAUGAUUAUGAUGAUGACGUUAAACUAAACAAUAAUCGACAAACUCCUUGCCUCGUGAUUUUUACAAAAGGUUUUUCCCUUUCCUUUCAGAAACUGACCAAGGCAGACCGCCCAUCAAAGUCAAGUUUGAGAUUCCUUAUUUUACUGUAUCUGGAAUACAGGUAACGUUCAUAGUAUAAUUUUCUAAUAUGGCCAUUGUCCACACGAAUUCGAGCAAGCUGAAUCCGCUUACUUAAAUUAAUUGAAUUCGAAAAUAUCCGGCUUUAAUCAUCUACACGAAUGAGCAAGUCCGUCGGACCCAACAAAACCACUCGAGAGAGCAAUUUCAAAAAUUUCAAAAAGAUGUAGUCCCGGUGGACGGAUUCGCUGGUCUCAUGUGGACGAAAAGCCGAUUCGUGUGAGAGUGAUGUGCUUUCAAAAUUAUCCGGAUUGGUCUGGACGGGGCCAUAGAUUCAUCUUCCGCGCCAAAGAAAUCUCAGCCUAUCAGAGCAGAAAAGCAUUUUCAGUAAACAGAUUGGUAAAGUGUCAAGCGAACAGUAGAUGUUUUGAAACACAGCGAAAGUCUAGCUGCGAUGAUAGACGCUCGGUGGUUGAUCUUUUUUUUUUUCAACUUUACCACCAUUAUAAAGCGCGUCACAAAUUUUCCUUAUUAAUUUUAUUUACAGGUUCGGUAUCUGAAGAUUAUAGAAAAGAGCGGUUACCAAGCACUUCCGUGGGUUCGUUACAUCACAGAACAGAACGUAAGACAGCUU